CGGCGGGCGCGGAGCCGGAGCCGGCGGGGGAGAGCGGCGGUAGCGGCGGCGCACGGCGUCGGUAGCGGUCGAGCUCUGGCGCGGCGUCUCCUCCACCCCCUCGUGAGCCUGGGGAACCUGCAGCUCAAAGCCGCCGCCAGCCACACCACCAUGUACCCCGGCAACAAGCGGAAAAAGCUCUGGCGGGAGGAGAAAGAGCGUUUGCUGAAGAUGACCUUGGAAGAAAGACGCAAAGAGUACUUAAGGGAUUAUGUUGCAUUGAAAAGUAUUCCGACGUGGAUGGAAGACUUAAAAAGUAAGAGUGAAAGUGAUGGCGAAAAUGCUAAAGAAGAUCUGCAGGGGAAGAGAAGUCUGAGUGAGAAAGUUUCUCUCUAUAGAGGCGACAUUACAGUGCUUGAGGUUGAUGCCAUCGUUAAUGCUGCCAAUUCCAGCCUUCUUGGAGGUGGAGGAGUGGAUGGCUGUAUACACAGAGCUGCUGGGCCCUGCUUAGUUGCCGAGUGUCGCAACCUGAGCGGCUGUGAGACUGGACAAGCGAAAAUUACGUGUGGAUAUGACCUACCUGCAAAAUAUGUGAUCCAUACUGUUGGGCCGAUCGCAAGAGGCCACCUCACCGACGAUCAUAAAGAAAACUUGGCAAGUUGCUAUAAAUCCUCUCUGAAACUGGCAAAAGAAAACAACAUCAGAUCCAUUGCAUUUCCCUGUAUUUCAACAGGAAUUUAUGGUUUUCCAAAUGAGCCUGCUGCUGUCAUUGCCCUUAACACUAUUAAGGAAUGGUUGAGCAAGAAUCAUAAUGAGGUGGAUCGUAUCAUCUUCUGUGUUUUUUUGGAGAUUGACUACAAGAUUUUCAAGAAGAAAAUGGGCGAGUUUUUCCCUCUAGAUGAUGCUAAUGAAGAAGGGACUGAGCUGAGUGAAGAGACAGAAGGAUUGGAACAAAAAGGCCAGCCUCCAUCUCCCACAAAGAGCAAAGCAGAGCAGCCUGAGGACCUGCAAGAUGAUGCUGAAGGUGGUGACGGCACAGAGGAGAAGCAAAACACCGAAGAAACUGAGGGCCAGAGCCGAGAAGCAGAUGAGACAAAACCUUCAGCUGUAGCCAGCCUAUCAUCAUCAGAAGAAACAGAGCUGAGUGAGGAUAAAGAUUCCCCGAAAGACUCCAAAGGCGCACAGGAGAGUGACCCGGUGCGUCUUGUGGGGUAUGAACAAGAUCAAGCCGAAGGAAAACAGGAUGUUUCUGCAGAGGAGGAGAUGAAAACUGGGGCAGACUCCCAAAGCUCCUGCGUGGAAAUAGAAGAGCCAUUGUUGAAGCAAGAAGACAUAACAGAAGUUGAGAUACCUUUGAUUCAUGGUGCAGAGGAAAAAGAAGGAAGAAAAGAAGAAGAAGAAGGAGGAAUGCAAGGGGAAGAGGAAACUUCUGAGGAGCCUAUGGAAGUUGACCUUGCAUGUAAAGCAGCAGACAUUUCAAAUAAGGAUGCUGAAAUGACUAGUCAAGUUGAAAGUUUAAAUGAUCCUACAGAAUCAGAGCGGGAAGCUUAAGUAACAGGAAGGAUGCAGGAGAGGAGAGACCCGAGGAAACCCGACGGGCAGGCACUGACAUCCUACGGCAUCAUUCUUGGCAGAAAAGAGCACGCAGAGAUGCUCCGCGGGUUGGGAGGGAGGGCGCUUUGGGGAAAUGAUUCUUUGCUUUAAUUUCUUUGUUCUUCAUUGCAUUUCGUUCUGUAAGCCUGUUGAAAAGAAACAUAACUUCCUAGUUCUAACAAUGUUUUGCAAUUAUCCCUGCAAUUACAACAGUUUCUUCUGAACCGUGAGUCCCUGUUUUAUAUUGGGUCUCUUGCUCCUGCAUCGUAUCAUCAGUAGCCUGUUCCCAGGCCCACCCCUUUUCUAUCAUCUUUAUCUUCCUUUAUCUUCUUUCCCAGUUGUCUGCAGGCAACCUGUGGGAGCCAGCUUAUUCUCCUCCUCCCCCUUUUUUUAAAAACUGUUCCCUGGGAUAUAAAGGGAGAUUUGCUUUGAGAACAUGAACUGCCACAAAGGAUUCUAAUCCGCGCACGCUGAUAAACGACCGCCCUCCUUGUGCUAUAGGGAUUUGAAAGACUAGAUGCUCCAAAAUCUCAGAAAUAUUGAUAGCGACAGCCCCGCACGUUGCCUGCCUCCAGGCUUGUCGAUGGGCACCUCCUGCCAGCGCCCGCCGGCAGGUCACUGUGUCCAAACCCCACACCCUGGCUGCUGGAAGCGGCGCUGGCCGGAUUCCCUUGAGUGUGUGCUGGAAGCGGAAUUCUGCGCAUUCGCUCCAUCAUCCCGGAUGCUUCGGGAUCGCCCGGGGCUCUGCCCUUCGCCUUUCUCUCUGGUGUGGGAAAGCUAAACCGUGGCCAGCCUAUGCUGUGCCUGUCUCUCUUUGGGUCCUGUACGCCAAAAUAACACGUGUGGCCUCAAACAGCCCGCACCCCACAUCAGUCCCGCUCUUUUCCAGUUAGCUCUGCACACCUCAACAUCCGUGCCGUGGGUACCACCUUGGGGUGCAGGUAGGCAACACAUCUUUCCUCCAGCCUGCGAGUGACACGGGGUAAGGGGCGCUCUGCAUUCAAGGCGUCUUUAAAUAUGGCUCUUGGCUUUAACAACUUCACACCGUAUCUUGUGUGAGCCCUCAUUAUGUUUCCUACUGCAUAUGCAUGAUUUUUUUUAAUUUUUUUUUUAAAAAGCAAUUAACAGUUAUUUGGAUAAGAAUGUCUCACCAUAUGUCAAUUGUUCUGCCAGCAAAUGCUGCACUGAAAUUUUUAGUAAAGGAACAAAAGGAUUUCACAUACAUUUCCUAACCAUGUUGUAACGGAAACCGAUAGACAGUACACUCCAUGGAAGAGCACACAACCUGUGUCCAGAGUGUGAUGUGCUACCAACUGUAUUUUAAAAUGCUGAUGAUAAUACUUAAGCAAAGUAAUUGAUUCUGUUCUUCCCCCCCCCCCAAAUAUGCACAAAUACCAGAACAGUUAUUCACUAGCUGGCAAAAAAGAAAAAAAAAAAAGUAAAGAAGAAGGUAAGACAUAUCUCUCUCCUCCUGUGAUCAGGGUUUAUCCCAGCUAGAGUAGGUUUGGUGAGAAGUCAUUUGCUGGUCUAACAGCGAGGCAAA